GAAGUGGCGCGUUACGUCGCUGUGCGUGCAGGCGGCUGCGUCGGGCUGCAGGAGAAGAUGGCGGUCUCCACAGGAGUUAAAGUUCCUCGUAAUUUUCGCUUGUUGGAAGAACUUGAAGAAGGACAAAAAGGAGUAGGCGAUGGUACGGUUAGCUGGGGCCUUGAAGAUGAUGAAGAUAUGACACUUACAAGGUGGACAGGCAUGAUUAUUGGGCCACCAAGGACAAAUUAUGAAAACAGAAUAUAUAGCCUGAAAGUAGAAUGUGGACCUAAAUACCCAGAAGCUCCUCCAUCAGUUAGAUUUGUAACCAAAAUUAAUAUGAAUGGAAUUAAUAAUUCCAGUGGAAUGGUGGAUGCACGGAGCAUACCAGUGUUAGCAAAAUGGCAAAACUCAUAUAGCAUUAAAGUUGUACUUCAAGAGCUAAGACGUCUAAUGAUGUCCAAAGAAAAUAUGAAGCUUCCACAGCCACCAGAAGGACAAACAUACAACAAUUAAUUUUAGUGGAUCUCAAACUUGUCUUAAAUCAACAGCCUUCUACUCAUGUUAAUGUCUUGAUUAAAUAUCACAAUGCAAAAUACCCACACAUUAAGUAAAAGAAUUCCAGCUGGUAAACAUGACCUGGACAUUUGUAAGAAUAUAUUUAAUAUAUGUACACCAUUAUGUUUUCAGCUUACAGGAGGAAAAAUGCAGCACCAUUUUUUUUCUCUUGUUAAGGCACUGUCAUUUAAGCAUAAACCUGGAGUACUCAAAAUAGAAUUCAGGUUUACAAGAUGAAAGCAUGGAGAGAAGAGUCAGAUGCUGUGGAAGCAUGUGUGUUUCUGAAAAGUAAAAAAAUCUCAAGAAGGAAAAACAGAAAUGGCAUGCUUUAUCCAUCUUGUUUAGCGAAAGAGCUUCAAGUUGAAAUUGUCUAAAGUAGCAGGUACAAUGAAUCUUGUCACAAAUUGUGUUAAUUUUUGAAGCGGUGUGGGUGCUGACUACUAGUAGUAUCAAAAAUAUGUUCAGGAUUGUUUUGAUACCUGUAUUUAUGAUAAAAAAAUGUCGUGGGGGAGGCGGAUGAGUAUCUGUUAAAAGCCGUUCCUGUGUGUUACAUGUAACAGACAUGGUAAAUAUUUGUUUACAGUCUUUGUUUGACAAACCAUGCAUUUAAGUGAAAUCAACAAAAAAAGGAAAUAGGUGUAUGGAUAUGUGAUUUUGAGAUUAAAGUUAGUCUUAAAAUGUAAAUAAAAUGUGGAACGUGUCCUCAGAAACCGUGCCAUUUCUAUUAUAUUGAUGUGGUAUAUGUACAGUACCUUGCUGAGGUAGCAAAAAUUGGAAUUAUUGUAGCUAUUCAUCUAUAAACACCUUUUAUUAUUACCCUAUUUUGUAUACUUCUUGUGAAUUGGAAUUUGCAGAGUAUCUCCGAGAACAAAUUACCGAAUUAGUUUAAUUUCUUCUUUGGAGAAGGAGGAAUCCUGGGUAUUAAUUAUAUUUUGAAUUUGAGUUUACCAGAAAUAUUAUUUAAAAAUGUUUGAAUUCUAGCAACUCUUAUAGAAUUAUAGACUACAGAUGAUCCAAGUACACAUUCCAUUUUUAGUUCUUUAGUUUUCUGUGACAUGUCUUCCCCUAGUGCUUUUAAUGCUUACUAAUUGGGAUUAAUUGUAUCCAGUUUCACUUAAUCUCCACUUUGGCAGACGCUAAUUUUGACCUGAAAGUUCAUUUGUGUUCUGCCUUUACCGAAAUAGGCUUUAGGUCACUUUUUCAUUUCAAAGCACUGGGUAUACUACUUUGUUAAAAAUACUCCCUUCUUAUGAAUUCACUGCAGAAAAUAGAAAGGUGGUCAGGUAGCAAGGACAAAUUUCUCAAAGGUGUCCUGACAUGUUUUUAUCAGUUCAUUCAAAGUUAAAGAUCUGGGCUACUUUUUCUUGAUCAAUAAUACAUAAAAGUCAGUGACAGUUUGUCUAAAGUUACUAAUUUCAACAUGGCUAUUCUUUUUCAUUAUCAAAAGAGGUUUAAAAUGCUUUCAAAUGACAGAUAGAAAAUAUAUACACACAAAUUAGUGCAUGUGUAAUUUAUUAAAGUAGGUUUGAAAUGAAUUCUUACCUUGGAAUACAUUCUUAAAAAUUUUAAAUGGUUGAAGAUGAACUUGAAUUACAAUGGCAUCAUAUGCAAGACCAUUGCCAAUGGUCUGAAUCAGUUUAACUCCUUUUCCACUUUGAGAAUGUGUCUUGUCACACAUGGGGGCUAAUAACCAUUUGAAUGCUGUUAAAUUUAUAUAGUGAUGGGCUGAGAGUCUGAGUACUUGGUCACUUGUCCUUUUCCCUUUUCCCAUGUCCACUAUUGUGAAGGGUUUCUUCUCUCAAGUAUAUGUUGUGUGAGUCAGCCCUAGAAUGUUUAUUUCCUCUGUUUUGUCUUUGGGACUGUGGAUCUCUGCAGAAAUCUGCAUGCCAAUUAGCCAGUUCCCAAAGCAGAACCCAUUUUGCAUGUCACAAUCAAGAUAUACAUGGCAAUCUAAAACACACUGGUUGAUUAUGGAAGGAGCUAAUGUAGAGCUGCUCUUAAUUACAGUAACAUUUCUAAGGCUGCAUUUUUGAAGCAAUUUUUCCUUUGUUUUCUAAAGUGGCUAAGGUUGUAGGAAUGUGUGGUAUUAAAUGAACUGUAAAAUUGCCUUUGAAACUUGUUUAAAAGGCUAGCAGUUGUGACCCUAGGGGGAUGAUCAUAUAUUAAUAAAGAUUACAAAAAUAAAAUUCUUGUCCUGUUAGGUCAGUGUUAUGCUUUAAUGGUUUUAAUUACUAGUUUUCAGAAUUGCUGAUUGUAACAUUUUACGAAUAUUUUAAAGUAAUGGCAUUUAUUAGGGGUUUUCAGAAUUCUGACACAAACAUUUGUAAGGAUAGUCAGUAGUAUUUGAGUCUUCUGGGUGUAAUACAUAAGAAAUUUAUAAUUUCAGAUUAUCCUUUUAAAAGAAUUUAUCACUUCAGUUUGAGUGCUUGGAGAGUAUAUUAGUUUCACUACAUAUGGUUAAUUAGUCUGGAUAACUUAAUGCCAACUCAUUGAUUUAAAUAUUUCCCACUGAAAAAUAUUAUUGAUAAAUAUAUGUAAAAUUAAUAUUGUAUUGAAAAUUUCGAGGAGGCAGAUGGAAACUAUUAGCACAUUAUCCUUAAUAGAUUUGGUGUGUAUGGCUUUGGGUGGUUCUGGUAGGUGCAUCAUGAAAUUACUUUGGUCAGAACGAUGUUAACGUUUUUAGUGAGCACAUGACUAUGUUCUGACGUGCAUUUUAAAAACUAUAGGUACUAAUGAUAAAGUCAUGAAUAAUGGGAUUUGGGAGGUAUUUAAGGUUAUUUUUCCCCUGAUUUCUUUUUAGAAGUAUGUUUUUUAGACGUGUAGAAUCAUAGUAUCAUUUAUUGCUGGGGAGGAUGUGAAAGGCACUGAUUUUACUUUUCUGAUAACUAUCAAUAUAAUUUUCCAGUACCAACUUGAUUGAUUUUUGGUUAUUUUCACAAAAAGUUUCCAAUUUUCACAAUUCUGGACAGUAUAUGUAUUUUGAAUAUAAAAUAGAAACAUAAAAAGGAAUGGAUGCAGUGCAUUACAGAAUUGGUAAGAGCAUUAGCUGUUAAUUCCCACCCAGUACUUUGUUUACUAAAAAGCAGGAAAUGUAUGGAAAUAAAGUAUCUUUUAUGCUAAAGUUAGUAUGUCUUAUAGAAGUUACAAAGAGUGGAUGGAAAUCUUACCAUAGUUCACACUGAAAAUGUUAUUUUAAAAUUAUAGUGGAGCAUUGAAAAUAAAAGAUACACCCUGAGCAUUUUCUGAAGAGAAAAUUUUGAAGGUAUUUGAUGAUACAGAAAGUGACGUCAGAACCAUCGUUUUGUGAAAUAAGGGAGUUUUGGAAACUCCUGGGGUGAGUACAUGAUUAAAAAAAUAAUAAUUGGAUAGGAAGAGGUUGCCAUGGUGUUUACAUCCUUAGUAGGAUAUUCUCACCAAAAAAAAAAAAA